UUUGCCUGGAGUGUAGAGAUAUCAUGGCUCCCAAACAAUUGAAUGGCAGGUGCUCAGUGUUCGGAUGUCAAAGUGACAAACUAAGUAGGCCUACAUUUGCAGCUCCUUCAUCCGAGUCUCUGAGGAACCAGUUGGUUCAUUUUGUUUUCGCUGGAAAUGCGCCGAUACGAAUUCCGAAAUGUGUGUUUGUGUGCGCCAAACAUUUCACCGACGACUGCUUCAUCAACUUGGGACAAUACAAAGCUGGAUUUGCUGAACUUCUGAAAAUGAAGCCUGGAUCAGUACCAACUCUCCUUGCCUCAGCUACAAACCGCGGACAAGCCAGCACAUCGACUGUUUUCAUUCAGCUGCCUCUCUCAAGGGAUGUUGCAUGCCAGACGGACCAUUUGAAAACGCGUACUGAAGGCACACAGCUAUCCUUUAGGACUUUGCAGACCCACAUUAAAAGUGAAGGUGUCCAGGCAACUGUGUUCUGCAAGGAUUUCGGUGUUGGCACAUCGAAUGCAGACCCUUUGUGCCUGUCAUCGACACCAAUAAGAAGACCAUCCAAAAGACCUCGGGUAGACCUUGAGGAAGAGCUGGAGGACAAUCCAUUGGAGGUCAGCUCUUUAUUGGAAGCUUCUAAUGGACCGGAUUCCACUUAUGAUCCUUCUGACUCCAUCACAGCAUUGUUAGACUCUACACUAAAGUCAGAAGAUUCAUCCACUGCAACACCCAACGGCAAGAAAUACAUGGUGUACUAGAGCUGCAUCAUGGAAUUGUUUAAUGCAUGUCCAGUCUGCACGAGGGCAUGUGAAGUUACAACCCAAAGGCUGGGGACAUUCCUGUCUGUGAAGCAGCAGUGCCCCCAUUGCACAUUCGGAAGACGCUGGAAUAGCCAGCCUAUCCUUGGGAGCACGCCAGCUGGAAAUCUGCACCUUUCUGCCGCUGUGUACCUGAGUGGUGCAUCUUUCCUAAAAAUCGAAAAGGUCUUCAAGGCAAUGAAGCUACAGUUGUUUCGGUAUGAAACAUUUCGCCGCCAUGCCAAAAGUUUCAUUGAACCAGCAGUUAUUCACCAAGGGAAAGUCCUAAAUGAUUUGAAUCUGCAGCGGCUAAGUCAAGAGGAAAUGGUGAUACUUGGUGGUGACAUGAGAGCUGACUCUCCAGGUCACUCUGCAAAGUAUGGGAGUUACACAAUGAUGGAUCUCCAUACUAAGACCAUUGUGGACAUUCAGUUGGUCCAGAGCAACGAAGUUGGUGGUAGCACCCAUAUGGAGAAGGAGGGACUGAAGAGGAGUCUAGCCUUACUGGAGUCGCGUGGCGUCCACCUUGACUGCAUUGUCACUGAUCGUCAUCCUCAAGUACAGAAGUUCCUCAGGGAGAGAAACAUGACCCAUUACUACGAUGUCUGGCACUUUGCAAAAGGUAUUUCAAAGAAGCUGUUGGCAAUCAGUAAGCAGAAAGACGGUGAGAAACUCAAGAAGUGGAUGAAGAGCAUCAACAACCACAUAUACUGGACUGCAGCAGGCUCAACCUCCGGGCCAGAGAGAAUCGCAAAGUGGACCUCGAUCCUGAACCAUGUUCGAGAUGUCCAUGUACAUGAAGAUCCUCUUUACCCCAAGUGCGAGCAUGCGAUCCGCCAGACAAGUGACCGGAGUAAAUGGCUUCAAGCAGCAACUCCAACUUUCUCCAAGUUGGAGAAGUUGCUGACCAAUAAAAGGGCGCUGAAGGAUGUUGCAAAACUGAGCCCCCACCACCAAACUUCAUCUUUGGAGGCUUUCCAUGCGGUUAUUCUUCGUUUUGCCCCCAAAAAUGUUGUCUUUCCCUUUAUUGGAAUGCUGUGCAGACUCUACCUGGCUGCUAUGCAUUCAAAUCACAAUGUGGACAGACCACAGGCCGAAACAAAGGAAGGAGUACCGAUUUAUAAAAUGUCCUUUGCAAAGGCUAGGAAGGGAGAGUGCAGAGCUAAACCACAAAAAACACAGCAGACCUUUGGUUACGUUGAUGAAAUCAUGGAUGUAAUUUUUGAGGAAGUCUUUCCCAACCCUACGCCUUACACCGAGGCCCUGUUGGAGAUCCCUGUUCCAGAGCCCCUAACGGCACAGUAUGAGAAGCCUGACAAGGAGGCGGUCAUCAGCAGCCUUGUGUCAAGGUUCAAACGGGGGGAUGUUUAAAACCAACAUAGUGGCCUUCCUCAGCAGGAAACUCGGAGCGGAUACGCAGGACCACACAAGCUGGAAUGACAACCCGGAUACGGCGUCCCAGGUGGCCCCAGCACCAGCUCACAAAGGAACGAUAGGAGAGAUACCUGUAGCGACUGAACAAUUGAUUCAGAGAAUAAGUCUUGCAGAUUUAUCAUUGCUUUGUUAUGAAAAUAAAUAUUACUAUGCUCCUAUGGCUGGUUUGUUCUGUAACUAUUCAAGUAG